CUGUCCUGCUUGAGAUAUAUUGUUGUACUGAGGAUUAAUUUCAGGUGCAUCAGUUGCUGAAGGAAGGGCGUUUGGAGUUUAUCAUUGGAGGCCAAGUCAUGCAUGAUGAAGCAGUAACAGAACUCAGUUCUCAGAUCUUGCAACUCACAGAAGGGCAUGGUUUCCUGUAUGAAACAUUUGGAAAAAGGCCACAGUUUUCCUGGCAGGUUGAUCCCUUUGGUGCCUCGGCCACCACUCCCACAGUGUUUGCUUUGGCCGGUUUUAAUGCUCAUCUUAUCUCCCGCAUUGACUAUGAUGAAAAGGACAUGAUGCAGAAAAAUAAGAAACUCCAGUUUGUGUGGCAAGGUUCUCCAUCCUUGGCAGAGCAGCAGGAGAUCUUCACUCACACUAUGGACCAAUACAGCUAUUGUGUUCCUGCUUCCCUGCCAUUCUCCAACAGAUCUGGGUUUUUUUGGAAUGGAAUUGCUGUUUUUCCUGACCCACCGAAGAAUGGAAUUUAUCCUAAUAUGAGUCUCCCAGUGACCAGUCAAACAAUUCGAGCCUAUGCUGAGACUAUGGUAGCGAACAUUAAGCAGAGAGCAGCUUGGUUCAAAUCCAAUCAUGUUCUGUGGCCGUGGGGCUGUGACAAGCAGUUUUUUAAUGCCUCCAUGCAAUUUGAGAAUAUGGAUCCAUUAAUGGAUUAUGUCAACCAACAUAGACGUGAAUUUGGAGUUACAGUACAGUAUGCAACAUUGAGUGAAUAUUUUCAGGCGGUUCACAAUGCAAACCUGACUUGGGACACCCGAAAGAGUCGUGACUUUCUUCCUUACUCAUCUGAACCAUUUCAGGCCUGGUCUGGAUUUUAUGCCUCUCGGAACAUACUUAAAGGAAUGGCCCGGGGAGCAAAUUCUUUCCUUUAUGCUUGCGAAUCGCUUUUCACUUUGUAUCUCUUGAGAUACCCAUUGGGAUCUAUUGAUAAAUUAUGGGCUCUUGAGAAAAUUCAGCAACUGAGGUGGGCAGUAUCAGAGGUUCAACAUCAUGAUGGUGUAACUGGGACAGAAUCACCCAAAGUGAGAGAUAUGUACAUGGACCACCUAUUGCGUGGGAUGAGUGCUGUGAAACUAUUAAUGGCCGCCAUAUUGCAAGAAGCACUUAAUGGUGGAAAGAAUAAACUUGAUGAUCCACUUCCUUACAGUCAAGACACCAGAAAUAGAGAGGAUGACUCUUUACAGAUCACAGUUUACAAUCCCCUUGGAUGGAACAUCACGACGGUUAUUAACGUCACUGUUGCUUAUUCAAUGGUCAACGUGUAUGACGGCUUGGGAAACGCUGUACCAUCGCAGAUUCAAAAGUCUGCGGGUUCAAACAGCACUUUUGACCUAUUCGUUCUUGUAAGGCUGGAUGCACUCGGCUAUCAUAGGUACAUAGUAAAAACAAAAAAUUCAACCUGCACCAAGGGACGAGAUGGCCAGUGUUCAGAAGGACAAACCUCAUACAGAGGGAGAGUGAUUGCAUUCAACAGAAAACUGGUACGCAAGUUGAGAAACCAAGGCGGUCGACUACUCCAAUUGAUGAAUGAGUGCUAUUUCUUGACGUUCGAUGAGGAUACAAACUUGCUGCACAGCAUCACUGACAGAUCCUCCCAGAAGACUAUCAAGAUACAGCAGGAAUUCUUGGAGUACCGUGCUAACGGAGACAUCAAAAAGGGCCCAAUCUCCGAUAAUUACGUAUUCACAGCAAAUGGACCAGCAGUGUCUGUGUCGAAGUCUAUUGGAAUGGAACUAGUUAAAGGAAAUCUUGUCACUGAAAUUAGGCAGUACUUCUACAGCAAUAAUUCUGCCGUGGCAAAUAAUUACGAAUAUGCAAUAUUCACAAGGAUGUAUAACGUUCCAAAAGGUUAUGAUGGAUCACUGUUGUGCCGAAGAGUUGAGCAGGAGUAUAUGGUUGGGCCAUUAGAUUUGAACAGGGAAGCGAUUUUAAGGAUGACUACAGAUCUGAAAACAGAUAGGACCAUUUUCACUGACAGUAAUGGUUACCAGAUGAUGAAGAGACAGUAUAAGAACUACUCCUACAAUACGCUGGCCAGAAACUACUACCCUCUGGUAAGGACUGCUUACAUUGAAGAAAAUGGCACAAGGCUCAUCAUAUUAUCUGACAGAGCACAUGGUAUUUCCAGUCAAGCUGAUGGGCAGAUAGAGAUGAUGCUUCAUCGACGAUUAUGGAACAACAAGGAAUGGAAUCUGGCCUACAACUUGACACUGAAUGACACCUCCGUUGUACGUCCACUUUUCUGGCUGAUGUUUGGUUCAAUAUCCACAACUUCAUCCUUGUAUCAGAGUGGGAUGGCACUUGAGUUCAGGCCAGUCGUUGCGUUUGGGCCUACCUCAGGAAAUGUGGCGCUUGUCCAAUCAAACAAAAUGCACGGUGAGACUGCAGCAAAUUCUUUCUCUCUCCCAUCGAACCUUCAUCUUCUCACACUCUCGGUGCCUGGGUGGCAAUACAAUUCAAACCACACGAAACACCUAGAAGAUAUUACUCGAGUUCAAGGUAAACAGUCUCAGCCAAAUUUCCGUCGGGUUCUGCUGAGAAUUCUGCAUUUAUAUGAGGUGGGAGAAGAUCCGGUGCUAUCCCAACCAGUGAGAGUCAACCUGAAGGAUUUAUUAAAGCCAUUAGGAACAGUGGCAUCUGUUGAAGAGCGGUCAUUGACGGGAAUCUGGAAUAUUAACGCUCUCCAACGUUGGAAAUGGAGAACAUCACAGCAACAUGACAUGGAGUUUAACAAAGCUACAGGAAGACUGAAUGAAGAAUUCAGAGUCACCAUUCAUCCCAAGGAACUGAGAACAUUCUUUGUGUAUUUUAAACAAUAAUGUCAUAAGUGAUAGGAGAAGAAGGGCCAUUCGGCCC